GGAUUCCGGGGGCGUGGCCAGAGGGGCGGAGCCUCUGGGCGUCCUGGAGAUGGUGCCUAGCAACGUUAAGGGUGAGGCCCGCGAGGGAGCCGGCUCAAGCCCGGUGGUCCUCCUGGAAGGGGCCUCAUGACAGACUCCGAAGAGGAUGCCCUGGAGCUUGACCAGGCUCCCUCACAAUGCAUCCCAAAGCCAUGGGUGUUUCCAGUCCCAAAGGGGACCGCACAGCGCAUCUUUGGGACCAGCCAGGUGUUCCAGAACUUUGAACGUAUAAAACCAAAGGUCAUGGGGUUAACAGUGCCCCUCAAAGUCAGGGAACACUACUAUCGUGGCCAGAGGUGCUUGGAGCAAGAAGACUGGGAGAUGGCCGUGCUGUUCUUCUCCCGUGCCCUCCACCUGGACCCGAGGCUGGUAGACUUCUACGCCUUAAGAGCCGAGGCCUACAUCCAACUCGGUGACUUCUCCUCGGCCAUCCAGAACCUGCGAAGGGCCAUCUCCUUCCAGCCGGAAAACACCGACUACCUGGAGCGCCUCUCCUUUGUGCUUUACCUGCAGGGCCAGUGCCUGUUUGAGCAGUGCUCCUUCCGGGAUGCCCUGAACGUCUUCUCGCAAGCCUCUGAGCUCCAGCCAGAGAAGCCCUGCUUCCGUUACCGAUGCAUGGCCUGUCUCCUGGCCCUCAAACGGCAUGCUGACUGCCUCUCACUCGUCACCAAGGAAGUGAAGAAUGGCACGACCAAUCCCGAUAUCUACAUCUUCCGGGCCAGGCUCUACAAUUUCUUUGAGAAGCCCAACCUCUGCUAUCGAGACCUGCACAGAGCCUUGCUACUGGAUCCCAAGCACCCACAGGCCAAGGUGCUGCUCAAGAUGAUGGUGGACCAGGCCCAGAAGGCACGUCAAGAUGCUGGCAUCCUAGCUGUGCAGGGCAAGCUGCAGAAUUCGCUGAAACACAUCAACUGUGCCAUUGAGAACAACCCUCUGGACCCCAGCUUCUUCCUCUUCCGAGGGACCUUGUACCGCCGGCUCCGGGAGUUUGAUGGGGCGGUGGAGGACUUCCUGAAGGCGCUGGACAUGCUGACGAAGUGCCAGGAGAACUUGGUGCAGCAGGCGCAGCGCCAGCUGCUGCUGGCCUACAACGACUUCGCCGUGCACUGCUACAUGCACGGCGCCUACCAGGAGGGCGUGCUGCUGCUCAACAAGGCCCUCAAGGACGAGCAGCAGGAGAAGGGCCUCUACAUCAACCGCGGCGAUUGCUUCUUCCAGCUGGGCAACCUGUCCUUUGCUGAGGCGGACUACCAGCAGGCGCUGGCGCUGAGCCCGCAGGAUGAGGGCGCCAACCUGCGCAUGGGCCUGCUGCAGGAGAAGAUGGGCUUCUGCGAGCAGAGGAGCAGGCAGUUCCAUAAGGCAGAGAACCACUUCUCAAUGGCCAUCCAGCACAACCCCAAGAGGGCCCAGUAUUACCUGCAUCGCGCCAGGAGCCGGCAACUCCUGCAGAACAUUUUUGGGGCCCGCCAGGAUGUUGCCACUGUCCUCAUCCUCAACCCCAAGCAACCGAAGCUGCUCCCACUGGUAACCAACCUCUUCCCGGGCAUGUCAGUGGAGGAGGUGCUUUGCAGCCAGAUGGCCCACCUGGCCAGGUUGCAGCUGGACCGGGUGAUUCUGAGCAGCCCAGGGACCAGCAUCCCUCAGCGCAUCAUGGGGCAGCUCAGGGAGCGGGAACUGGAGCGCCAGAAGGCCCGGGCCCUGCAGCUCUCAUGGAAGCUGCAACAGCCUUUGUCUAAGACCCCCAAAGAGCUGGAGGCCACUCCCCACGUCGUGUGGGCAGAGCUAGAACACUCGGAGGAAGAGGUCAGCGUCCCCAAGGAGGAGGAAGAAAAGGAGGAGAAGCCAGAGCCCGCCCCCAGCAGGGUAAGGUCCCUGUCCAACAGCUGCCUCGACCAGACGUCGCCGGGCUCCAUCUUGGGCUUCAGGACCCCGUCCAUCUCAGAGACAGAGACCUCUACUAUCUGCCAGGAAUACAGGAGCACCUCGGCCACUACUGUGACAUUCUCUGACUCCUCGGUGCUUAAGACUCAAUCCUCAGACUUGGAGAACAACUGCGGAGAUCUAAGCCUGAACCGCAGCCCCAGAAAAAACAAGACUGCUCAGGGUCAGAGCCGGAGGCCCAGCAAGACGGAGGCCAAUCAGAGCCAGAGCUGGAGGCCCAGCAAGACGGAGGCCAAUCAGAGCCAGAGCUGGAGGCCCAGCAAGACAGAGGCCUCUCAGCACCGGGGCCGGAGGCCCAGCAAGACGGAGGCCUCGCAGGGCCAGAGCCGGAGGCCCAGCAAGACGGAGGCCGCGCAGGGCCAGAGCCGGAGGCCCAGCAAGACGGAGGCCUCGCAGGGCCAGAGCCGGAGGCCCAGCAAGACGGAGGCCGCGCAGGGCCAGAGCCGGAGGCCCAGCAAGACGGAGGCCAGUCAGAGCCAGAGCCGGAGACCCAGCAAGAUGGAGGCCACGCAGGGCCAGAGCAGGAGGCCCAGCAAGACGGAGGCCACGCAGGGCCAGAGCCGGAGGCCCAGCAAAAUGGAGGCUGCCCAGGGCCAGUGCCAGAGGCCCAGCAAGUCCCAGGUCACCUCGGGACUGAGCCCGAGUCUCAGCAAAAUCCAGGCUGUCCAGGGCCCGGGCCAAGACCCCUGUCCCGGCAGGUAGGCUGCUCUCCGAAGGGCCACUGAGGCCCCUCCCUGCCUGCUGGGGAUGGGAGAGAUUCCACCCUCACACACUGGCACUCAGCGAAGCUGCUUCCUUCAGGAGCAAUUAGAAACUGCAGCCAGCAUUCCUCUGGUCCCAUGGCUAAGUUUAUUGUAUUUGUCUUCUUCUUUUACAAAAUUAAAAACUUUAAAAACGAA